CCGCCGCCUCCCCCCUCUGGGCCGCAGUGGUGCAGCCCGAGGUUAGCGGAAGCGGCCGCUCGGCGCUGCCAUGUUGAGCCGCCGCCGCCGCCGCCGCUUUGUUGUCGGCUCCAUGUAGCUGCGGCCCGGGGGAGGGAGCGACGGGGGGACCGCCCGCCGCAGCCGCCGCCGCCGCCGCCCGGGGCCGCGCCGCCCCCGCCAUGGAGGCCAACUGGACCGCGUUCCUCUUUCAGGCACACGAAGCCUCCCAUCACCAACAGCAGGCAGCACAGAACAGUUUGUUGCCUCUCCUGAGCUCUGCUGUUGAGCCGCCCGAUCAGAAGCCGAUUCUGCCCUUACCAAUAACGCAGAAACCUCAGCCUGCACCAGAAACAUUAAAGGAUGCUAUUGUUGGGAUUAAAAAGGAAAAACCUAAAACCUCCUUUGUGUGCACUUACUGCAGCAAAGCUUUCAGGGACAGCUACCAUUUGAGACGUCACGAGUCCUGCCACACAGGGAUAAAGUUAGUGUCACGGCCAAAGAAAACUCCCACCACAAUGGUGCCCCUUAUCUCGACCAUCGCUGGUGACAACAGCCGGAGUUCACUGGUUUCGACUAUCGCAGGCAUCCUGUCCACAGUCACUACGUCUUCCUCUGCCACCAACCCCAGCAGCAGCGCCGGCGCCACGGCCAUGGCGGUGACGCAGACAGUGAAGAAGCCCAGCAAGCCCGUGAAGAAGAACCACGCUUGUGAGAUGUGUGGAAAGGCCUUCAGGGACGUCUACCACCUCAACCGGCACAAGCUGUCCCACUCCGACGAGAAACCCUUCGAAUGUCCCAUUUGCAAUCAGCGCUUCAAGAGAAAGGAUCGCAUGACCUACCACGUGAGGUCUCACGAAGGUGGCAUCACGAAACCCUACACCUGUGGUGUUUGUGGAAAAGGCUUCUCAAGGCCUGAUCAUUUAAGCUGUCACGUUAAACAUGUUCACUCAACAGAGAGACCCUUCAAAUGCCAAACGUGCACUGCUGCCUUUGCCACCAAAGACAGACUGCGGACACACAUGGUGCGCCAUGAAGGAAAGGUAUCGUGUAAUAUCUGUGGUAAACUUCUGAGUGCAGCAUAUAUCACCAGCCACUUAAAGACACACGGGCAGAGCCAAAGUAUCAACUGUAAUACCUGUAAACAAGGCAUCAAUAAAACAUGCAUGAGUGAAGAGACCAGCAACCAGAAACAGCAACAGCAGCAGCAGCAACAGCAACAACAACAACAACAACAGCAGCAGCAGCAGCAGCAACAGCAACAGCAACAACAGCAGCAGCAGCAGCAACAGCAGCAGCAGCAGCAACACGUAACAAGUUGGCCUGGAAAGCAGGUAGAGACCCUGAGAUUGUGGGAAGAGGCCGUCAAAGCGAGGAAGAAAGAAUGUCAGUUCACCUUUGAGAAGGCUAUAGAGUACGUACCAUUCGAAGCUGCUAACUUGUGCCAAACCUCCACUGCUGCUACUACGCCUGUGACUCUUACUACUCCAUUCAAUAUAACGUCCUCUGUGGCUUCUGGGACUAUCACAAACCCAGUCACAGUGGCAGCUGCAAUGAGCAUGAGAAGUCCAGUAAAUGUAUCAAGUGCAGUUAAUAUAUCCAGUCCGAUGAACUUAGGGCAUCCUGUAACUAUAACCAGUCCUCUGUCCAUGACCUCUCCAUUAACGCUCACCACCCCGGUGAACCUGCCCACCCCGGUCACCGCUCCAGUGAACAUAGCACACCCCGUCACCAUCACGUCCCCCAUGAACCUGCCCACCCCCAUGACGCUGGCUGGUCCCCUCAACAUAGCCAUGAGACCAGUGGAGAGCAUGCCUUUCCUGCCCCAGGCCUUGCCCACCUCUCCUCCCUGGUAAACAAGUUCUAAACAGUAUUAAAAAAGGAUUAAAAUGGAA